GGACAUUAGCAAUGAGCUGAGUGAACGCUGUGAAGUCACGUGAGUCAGGUUAAGAUGGCUCCUCCAGCAGAGGAACACUUCCGCGCGUUACAGCUCUUGUUAAAGGCUCCAUCCAAAGAUGCUGUGCGACAAAUAUGUACAGACAGUUUCCCCUCACAAGCACACGAGUCACAGAGUCUGAUAGACAGCACCGCUCGAUCCCUGUCUGUGUCCAGCAGUGAGGCCAGACAGGUGUUGACAGCAUUUCAUUUGCUUUCACAUCACGUAGUGUUCUACAAUUUUACAGCACCAGAACAAAUCCAGUCUCUUUUCCCAGCCACGUUCCACUCAAACCUCAAAAACCUCAUCACUAAGAUCCUGCUGGAGCAAAGUGCGACAUGGAGAAAUGAGGCUUUGUCCAAUCAAAUCUCUUUGCCACGGCUUGUAGAUUUGGAGUGGAGGGUGGACAUGAAGACAGCGUCUGACUCUGUGAGCCGCAUGGCUGUGCCGACUUGUAUCCUGCACAUGAAGAUCCAAGACGGUGGCAGCAUGAGCAGCAGCAUAAACGAGUCUUCAGUUACUGUGGAACUGAGCAAAGAAACUUUAGACACGAUGCUCGACGGCUUGGGACGCAUCCGGGACCAACUCUCUGCUGUGGCUGGGAAAUAGGACUGAAAGUGUCAUCAUCAGCCGAUUUAUAUUUGUGUAACUUUCAUACUUGGAGGACUAAAAAAUAAAUCUAGCUAUGAGUUGAGAUGCAUGCUAGAGUCUUUGUAACAGUCAGCAUCCCAAGCAGCUGAAUUUAUACAUUUAAGGGUAAACAUGUACUCUGCAGAUUUGAAUGGGUUUUGUUGUUUUUGUGUGAUGUACAGUAAGUAAACUUGCCUGUGUAUGAACGAGAAUAUACAGUUGGCUCUAGAAUUAUUGGCACCCUUGAAAGUGUCCCUCCCCAAAUGAAUUUACUUCAGUGUUAGAUUUCUCUUAUAUUCAUUGUGAGAUUAAUAAGCCACAGCCAUUUCUACCCAAGGUGUCAAUAAUUUUAGACAUGACUGUGAUUAACCUGGUGAUUUAUGUAAACAAAUUAAAAGCACUGAAUUUGAGAGAAA